CUCAUGCAUCUAUAUUAUUGGAUAUACUCGUAAACAUCGCUUGUGUACACACAUCUCUCUCUCUUCUUCUUCUUCUUCUUCUUCCUAACUCGGCCUCUCCCUGAUAGCUAAGCUAACUCGCCUGGCCUUUUCCUGCUAGCUAAGCUAACUCAUCAUCUACAUAAUUAAUCUUUGGUUGCUGUUCAUGUGUGUGUGUGUUUUUGUCGAGUUUCUGUCAUUGAUUUGAACUUUACAUUUAUGCAAAUGAUUCUCACUUGUGUGUUUUCGUCGUAUGAUGUCUUAUAAUUAUUUUUUUCUUGAUGACAACUCACCAAAAUGAGUAAAGUGGUGGUUAUGCUAUGAAUAUAUCUUUAUAAUUAAUCAUCAUCAUCUGCAUAUCCUUCACAAAGCCAUAUACUUAUCUAGUGCAUGUAUAUAUAUAUGCCUAGUACAACAUAUAGUUUGAUUUAUACCUCUGAGUAUAUGGCUAUUAUAUUGUGUGCUAUGAUCAUAAUAAGCUAAGGAAGGCCAAUGAUGGAUGAUUCAUAUAAUUGCCAACAUCGUCUGAGAGAGAAACCCAAUGAUAAAAUCACACUCUUUACAACAAAAGAAUGUAUUCUGAGGCCUCUUCUAUUACUAUAAUUAUAAAGUUAGUUUGAUGUGAUUGGUCUUAAUAUUUCCUGACCAAAAUCUUAAAACCAAUAAGUUAAAGUUUAGUGUGAGUGAUACAAAUUCUUUGCUAACAAUGUACUUUACUUCCCUUAAUUAUGCAAAUGCUGGAUUAAUCUCAAUUUCAUGACUGGGAGAGUCAAACCGGGUUUGUUUAAUUCGAAGUUUUGUUUUAUUUCCUUUUCGGUUAAGGAAAUUUUUUUAAUUUUACAAGUUUUUUGAAAAAAUGAAGUGCCGUCGUAUAGUCGUCUCGACUCUGGUGGACGGAGACAGAGAGCCGAAAACCUAGGUUUUUUGUUGUGUGACUCUGUGGCUUGAGCAUGAAGCAUCUUCUCCGGCAACAAUUCCGAUAUAUCUUCUGGAACCUUCCUUCCCGGCGCUCCUUCGUUCGAUCCCCUAGAACCAUACCUUCGCCGGAGCUCAUUAAUGACACUCUUAGGCGUCGGAUCGAGCGAGUUCAAGAUUCGUCAGUCUCCAUCACUCCGUUGCUCCGUGAAUGGUGCCAACGCGGUAAUCAAACGCCACUUCCAGAGCUCAGAAGCAUCAUCACAUCGCUUCACAAAUCCAAUCGCUUCUCCCAAGCCCUCCAGGUAUCGGAUUGGAUGAUUGAGCGAAAAGGGUACAAGCUGAGUUCCAUGGAUUUUGAGGGUCGACUUCUCUUGAUUGCUAAAGUUCGUGGUGUUGAAGAAGCGGCCAUGUUCUUUGAGACUGUUCCAGUUGAAAAGAGGGAUCUUUACUUGCACACCGCUCUCUUCGACUGCUGCAUAACACACGGCUCAUUGAGUAUUGCCGAGAUCAUCUUUCAGAAGAUGAGAGACCUUGGUUUUGCUGAUCUCAACACUCGACUUUACAGCGCCAUGAUCUGUCUCUACCUCCAGGCUGCUAAUCACGACAUGGUGGUGAACCUUCUGCGCGAGAUGGACAACAAAAAGAUUACACCCCAAGGACUCUCCUUUGAGACGCUCUUAGUUUCCUACUCGCUGGCAUCCGUGCAAGACGUACAAGGAAUGGAGAGGUUUUUGAGCAAGUGGGAGCAUAUGAUUCAGGUGAAAUGGGUCACAUUCUACUUUCCAGGAUUGAUCUACAUGCAAGCAGGGUCUAAGGAAAAGGGUUUAGCCUUGCUUCGUAGGACAGAGCCGUUGGUUAAUGAUAGCUGCAGAGAAAGCAUCUUUGGAUGUCUCAUGACUGCUUACUGUGGAGAGGAUCAAACAGAUGACGUUUACCGCCUCUGGACCUUGGCUAAGGGAUAUGGGAUUUCGUUUGACAAUUCCAUAUGUGCUGACAUCAUCAGGGCAUUUACAAAGACGGGGGAUCUCGAUGAGGUUCUGGAAGAGUGGGAUGAGUGUCCCAAUCUUGAUCUCAAGGACUUUGGUUUCCAAAAGAGAUGUGCCAAAGAGGAGGCCGAGAAGGUUGUGAACAUGCUUGGGAAGAAGGAGAGCAAAUGGGAGAGUUUGUCACACAAGGUAGCUAAAAUGGUGUUGGAUGAAGAUGAAAAAGAAGACGAGAGGAGGAAGAGAGUGGCAAAGGCCUUGGAGGGGAGGCUGCACGACAGCUGGAACCCGAAGAGCAGUAUGGCUCUGUCCGCUUAUGCCUGCGUGCAAUAUGUUGAGGGUCGGAGAGACAUAGACAGUACAGCUGACAUUCUGAGACUCCUGAACAAGCGAGAGCAAGUGUUGCAUGCAAUGGACAAAAACCGAUUGAGCCUGAAGAUGGUGGAGGCAAUGAGAGGUGGAGGAUACGUUGGUGGAGAAGACUAACAUAUGAAUCACAAUAUUUGUAACUCUGUUUGUAGUCUAGUUUAACAGUAAUCUAUUAGGCGUUUCUCAUUAGUUAACUGAUUCUUCUGAAAUUAAGAUGAAAAGUUUAUAACAGAUGGAACCAAAAUGUAGUAA